AUGAAAAUGGUCGUCGGUAUCGCAGCAAUCGAACAGGCAAUUACAUGUAUGGCCUUGGAAAUUGCCACUUUUAGGAAUCCCAUUAACUCGAAAUUCAGGAUGCCCAACGAUGAAGCAGAGCAGGAUCGCAUGGACUUGGCCCAUAAUAUCUGGCUACUGCUCUUGAAGGGAGAACUUGAUAAAGCGCCCGUUAAAAAUCCGCAAAGAAUUUUGGAUCUAGGCACCGGGACUGGCAUCUGGGCCAUCGAUAUCGCGGGAUAUAUUUCCAUCCAACCUAAUGUUUUAGCGGCCACUAAUGAAGUCAAUUUUGAAGAAAGUUUCCUGGAGCUCAAGUCAUCGGAAACGAUAUCAGUGCCAUCCAACCGAGCUGGCUUCGAUUUCAUCCACGCACGCUUAUUAUCCGGAUGUGUGGUUGACUGGCCCAAGUUCUUUCGAAAUAUAUACGACCAUUUGAAACCAGGUGCAUAUUUUGAAAUUCAGGAAAGUGCUCUAUGGACAUGGAGUGAGGGUGAGUCUAUGCAUCCUGGUUCCCCACUUCUGCAGUACCUUACUGCUUUGGAGGUGGCGUCACACGGGGCUGGUAGAUACUUGAACGUUUACUACAAGCUUCGAGACUGGCUUAUUGAGGCGGGCUUCGAAGAUGUGCAGCAGUUUACGUAUUUUUUACCGUAUGCGCCAUGGCCAAAAGAUCCUCACUUGAAGGAAUUGGGAAGGUACCAGUUUGCUAUGGCGCAGCAAGCUGUUGAGUCAAAGCUUCGAAAGCUCAUUCGAGAUAUCGAGGUCUUAAUUGAUCCUGUUAUCACUAGGCGAGAAGCCGUUAAGGCUUCACAGACCAAGGUGCAAGAAGUAGAAUCUAAUGAUGAAGCAACGGAGCUCGGAUCGCCCUCUAUAGACUGGCUCAUAGAUGUGGCUAGCGAUCGCUAUGACCUGAUCACAUUAUUUCUGGGAAUGUAUGUAGCCACAUACGACACAACCGCUGAGGCGCUCUGCCACAUCCUCUCCGACCUCUCCGAGAAUUCUCAACUUACUGCUGACCUCCGUUCUGAGAUCAUCGAGGUUAUGGGAGACAAAGGACUUAAUCGGACAACACUGCAAAAGCUUCAUCUGAUGGACAGUUUUCUGAAAGAGAGUCAAAGAAUGCAUCCUGUCAGCUACGUAAUUCUGAGCUCCUCCAAUGUCUAUCUCUUUGUUUCAUGGCCCUCCAAAGACCCCGAAAAUGGUGCUUUGAUUCUACGCGAAGCUGUGUCACAGACGGUGACUGCUCUACCGUACCUGAGUGGCAAUGUCGUCUUAUCAAUGAAAUCUGGAGGAAUACAAAACCUGCGUCAAAUUCAGCCAGCAGAGAGCUCGACAUUAUGUGACUUUCCUAUGUUUAUGACCCGAUAUCAUCAGCAAUCAAUCAAAUCCAUUGAUUGGGAUGACCUAUCCCGCGAGCAAUUCAUUCCAGACCGCAAGCGCUCUUCCGAAAUUGACCACGUACUACGGUUCCAAGUCAAUGCUAUGAAAGAUGGACUUGUCCUAUGCAUGAGCUUUCAUCAUUCCGCUAUGGAUCUUAUUGGUGCUGCUGGCGUACUGGCGUCAUUAGCUGCGUACUGUCGUGGUCAUCCGUCUCCCAAUGGCUGGAAAACUUAUACACAGUCAAGGAAACAAAUUGCCAACGCCACGACAGCGGCUUUUAUUGCCGCUGGAGAAGAUCAUGAAGCUUCUGGAGAUAUGCAGUUCUUCUAUUCCUGGUGGUGCGCGGAAAAAAAAAAGGCUUGCCCGUCCAGCGAUGACAUGGUCACGGCGUUGAUAUGGAUAUGGAUGGUGCGGGCACGGUAUAGCCAUCAGCUUAUGCCUGCCAAAGGAGAUUCUCGUCUCCACCGAGCAAUUAACGUUCGCCCACUCUUGCAGCUUCUUACUACAAAGGCCUUUAUGGGCUGCGCAGUCAUGGCCGUGCCGUGCACCAUCUCAAGAUAUGAGAUAGCACGCCCGAGGGCACAUCCAAUUGAUGAUGUUUUACUCAUGAAUGACAUGGCAUUGAAAUUAAGGGAGGCAAUAAAUUCUUUCAACAGCGAACGUGCUAGAACGCAACUUGAUAAUUUCGAGAAAUCUAACAACUGGUUGAAUUUUCCACUCGGUGACGCUGAUAUCGAAUUCACUAGCUGGCGCAAUUCUAAGUUCUACGACUUGGACUUUGGGCCAGUGUUGGGAAAGGUUGACGACGUGGAAGUGCCCAAUAAUGACUGGAAUAGUACCGCAUACAUAUUGCCAGCCAAUCCAAACCUCGCUUCGAAAUUCGCCAACUCACAGGGUAUUCCGCCCUGGGAAAUUAGGAUUGUUCUGGAACCGGGUGAUAUGGAAUACCUAUGCCAGAAGCCUCUUCUUCUCUGGGCUUGCGACGAGGAGGUCUCUUCACGACAUCAUUUCAAUCAUCCUAUCUCGCGGCUGUGA